GUGAUGCGUGACACGUGACAGUAACAUCUCCGGCAUUCUCUUUGUUCUGAACACCCAUUACUAACUUAUAUAAAUCCACGGCUUUCUGUCAACCAAAUGCAAGGAUGCUGAGAGUUGUUCCCCGAAUAUACCGCUACCGGUCGCUACCACCUUCAACACCAGAGAUCAAUGGAACUUCCUGUACUACUAUAUUAAUACAGCGGCAAUAUAGCUCUACCGGGCAACACAUCACUGUAGAUUCGGCACAGUCAAUUUCAGCGUCUGCCCCAGGUUCAAUAUCCUUUGCUCAUCCGAAAGACCCGAGGUCUGGACACGGUUAUUCCGACCCCAAUCCUUCCCCUCCAUCAUCUUCGCCUCCGCCCGAGGACGUCUUGUCUCUUCCUGCGACCCUUUCAGGUCCGCCUGCACGCGCUUACCAGCAAGAUCAUCAACAGUCAUAUGAAGCCCCUCCAUUCCACACACAUGCCUUCGUAGCCACGCUCGAGAAGUCCUUUCCUACGCCUUCAGCGCGAAGUCUGAUGAGGGCCACGCGUGCUUUGCUCGUGGACAGAAUAGAUCGCGUAAGGCGGGAAGGCCUCACGGUCAAAGAUUUGGAUAAUCAAGCAUAUUUAUUCCGUGCAGCGCUUUCUGAGCUUCGCGCAGAGCAAACCGCGAGAUCUCGUAAUGAAAGCGCGGCAAUACGCUCUGCCACAGCUGCGCUGCGCCGAGAAGUCGAUCGUCUGGAUGUCAAGAUGAAAGAGGACCUUGGUACGCUGAAACAUGAAAUACAAAUGGAGCUUGACACUCGCAAGAACGAGUCAAAGGCACAGCUGAAACAGCAGACGAUUGCAAUCGAGGAAGUCCUGAAUAAGGCGAUUAUAACGCUCAGUGAUCUCCGUGCAAACAUGGAAGAGGUAAAAUGGAAUAAUAUGCGUCAAGCCGUUGGUACGUUUUACUUAUUUGUUUGCGUCAAAUCAGCGAUUCUUAGCAACGGUAUAGCUGCACUGGGCGCUUUUGCUCUAUCAAUUGUUAUCGGCAUGGAACUAUAUCUAUUCAGAAAACCGAACCCGCCGCCGCUGCCGGCUGUGCUGAAGGAAAGACAACCUCCAUCAGAUGGUGAGGCAGUGUCUCAGGUGUCAUAGCAUAUACCUCCAAGGCGCAGGCUUUACUGCAUCGUGCAGAUAAGAUAAGUCGCUAUCUUACAUCCACAUUCAUCUAUACCGUAUAGAAAGGAACAGCCGCAUAGAUUGCUGUACAUAUA